AUGACAUUACCUUUAUCUAUGCCACAUCAUUCGUAUGAAGAUGUUGUGAGAAAUGACUUCAUUACUCUGCAUGGUAAACUUUUCAACCAUUUUCUAUCUAAGAUAAGAAAACAAAUAAAACCGCUGUCAUCACCCCUUAUUAACACUCGUUUGAAGAAUGAAGAAUGCUUACAAAUGCAUAUUAAAAAUCACGACCCAUUGUGCACUGCAGCUGAGAAAUGA